UCCGAGGCGCGCGCGCACCGAGCCGUCGAGCUAUUUCUACUUUUAUCCGCCUUCGCAAACCCGUUUAACCACGCAUUUUAGCGGCGUUGUUUUAAUUCACACACAAGCUUCGAUGUACGAUCUCCCAAAAAGUCAUUUUGUGGCUCAAACGGAUAGCUGUGUUUGUCGUAAAAUCCUGCGAGGACAUUCAAACGGAAGGCGCGAGCCGGUCUGACGGGUGUCAACAGUCGCGCGCUUUUAUUUGUAUAAAUAUAAGGCUUAACCAAAAGACUACUGUUCGUUUUUAAAACCUACAAUAAAGUAAUCGCACUUAAUUUUUAAAGUAAACUCCUUGUUUUAAUAGCACUUCAGUGAAGAUCGAGCAUGGCGCAAUUUCACGAGGAUCCGGCGCUGCUCACUAAAGAGAAACUGAAAAGCGAGCUAAUGGCGAAUAACGUUCCCCUGCCGAGCGCCGACAGCAAGAAAGAUGUGUAUGUUCAGCUGUAUCUGAAAAACCUGACGGUGCUCAAUAAGAAGAACACAAUCUCAGCUUCAGACACUUUCUCCAGCGAUGAGGAGAUCAGCACAGCGCCGCUGGUGACCAACAGGAGCCGCUCGGGGAAGAAAGCCACAAGAAAGACAGACCGAGUUCGGGCUGAGGAAAACGACGUCUCUGGUUUGACCGAUGAGGAGUUGAAGGUUCAGCUUCAGAAGUUUGGGAUCCACUCAGGACCGAUUGUUGCAUCUACACGAAAAGUCUAUGAGAAGAAACUUCAGCAGGUCCUGGAUCAUCCGCCGGUGGAGACAAGCCUGCCUGAACCAGAGACCACCAUCCCAGAGGCCGUCACUAUUAAAGCAGAUGGAAACCAGAACGGCAACACGCAUUCAGCUGAAGAUCAGUACAGCGACAAAGACGACGAAGUACCUGAAGCGGUGCCAGUUGUGACUAAGCCGGUCCGGAGUCGAGGAAAGACCCCCGUCACCACCAGGACCAGCAGCAGGCAGCGCACUAAACAGGUGGAGGACAUGGCCAUUGAAGAGGCAUCUGUGGACAGAGCAGAUAUUUUAAAGGAAAUCUUCCCCAAUGAACAGGCCACGCCAACUGGAAUAACAGCCACGUGUCGAAGGCCGAUCCACGGCGCGGCUGGCCGUCCGGUGAAGCCUCUGGAUCUUUGGCCUGAAGAGGCGCUUCUGGAGCAGAGCUUUUACACAGCGACCAAAUCCUCGGUCACAGACGUCCACAGCGCAGCACCUGCCACCCGUCCCAGACCUCGCCGCCGCUGGUUGGCCAUCCUGCUGAAGCUCCUGCUGUUCAUCGCAUUGGUUGCGUCGCUUUAUUACGCCUACCAGACCAUCACCGCUGAUCAGAUCAACGCCUGCCAGCUCUAUGUCCAGGACAAUGUGAUCACACCCAUCGUCAAAUAUAUUAGUUGGGAUAGCCCAGCUGAGGGCGGAGAUGGUGGCAAAUGAGCAUCCCAUUCUGCUAACCUGCUUCAGCAUGCAUCUACUGUCAGACUGAUUUUCUAGUCCUUUAAGGAGCGACGCAUCGGCAGGGUUUGUUUGGGGAGGGAGGGAUUCUGGGUAUUGCAGUUUGACCUUAGCAGUCACCUCUGAAUAGACUCGUGUUUCAAGUAGUCUUUAAACUGUGUGUGUUGUGUUUUUGAUCUUGCUUUGUGGUUUUACGGUUUUGUAGCAUUCGAGACGAUAUAGAGAAGCGUAGUGUUCGCUAAUAGCGAGUCAUUCUCCACAGUCAUCAGUUUAGCAUCACACAACGAGAGGUCGAGAUUUACCAAAGGGGUUUUCUGAAGUACUAAGACAUGGCCAACAUGAGCACAAUGGGGUAUAUGCCGAAGCAUGCUAAUAGGACUUUUAAUUUGCCAGUAGCCUGGGUUAAUUGUUUCCGGUGAAGUGUAUGUCAAUGCAAAAUCUGCGCAUUUAGGGUCUGUUUUUUUUUUUAAUCAGCGAUCUCCACUGGCUGAGUGAUAUCCAAUAUAAAGUCGGUCUCAGAUUGUUCAAGAAGCACUGAAUUAAAUAACAUUCCCCCCCGCCAUGUCUUUAUAAUAUGAGCAUUUAUUUUACCCCAGUAUAUUCAAUAGAGCUUUUGCGCUAG